AUGAAUGAAUGCAUGGGUGGAUGUCUGGUUGAGAGUGACCAGCACCUGGAGCUCGAGGCAUGGCCUUGGACAAAUCCGUCCCUCUGCGUCCCGCGUUGGAUCCGCAACCGCAUCGCCGUCAAAGACGACAGAGCAGAUCCCUACCCGCUUUUCGGUGGUACUCUAAAGGCACCCUCGCUCGUCCCCAACGCCCUGACCUUGGCCUUGGACCCAGCUGUGCGUGCCCCGUCUUACCGAAUGGGGUGGAGGUACAAUGUCCGGUAUUACGCCCUUGACGUCGUCCCCUGGCUCUGCUGUGCGAACCCAUGCUCAGAUCACCAACUGGGAUGCUUUGCAAGUACCCUGCUCACCUGCUGGCACGGGAUAUAG